AUUUGUUUAAAGAAAGAUGACGCCUUCAAAGUCUCAUUUUGUUGCUCUUCUCUUUAUCAUUUUUCUAAUGGUUAAUGUUCAAUCUGAUAGGAUUAUGGAUGAAUCAAGCGAUUGUGUAUUCAAAGGACCAUGUCAUAAAAGGUCUGAUUGUUAUGAAAGAUGUGCAAUGAAACCUUUUGUUGGUGCUUUGUGUGAACCCUUGGGACGUCAAGGACUUACAUGUUGUUGUCUCUCUUAA